AUGAGUGCCUCUGGUGAGGAUAAGUCGAAUUCAGACUUUUGUAGAGUAUGCCGGUGUGAGGGGACUGCAACCAAACCUCUGUUCCAUCCUUGUUUGUGCACUGGUAGUAUAAAAUAUAUUCAUCAGGAUUGUCUUGUUCGUUGGCUUGAAUAUAGUAAAAGAAAUACCUGUGAGUUAUGCAAUCAUCAGUUUACAUUUAAGCGAAUUUACGCCUCCGGGACACCGCGAUUUUUACCACCAACUGUUUUGAUUUGUGGAUUGGCCAACAGCUUGCGUAGAUUUUUACUAAAUUGGAUUCAUCUGUCAAUUGUUUUCACUGCUUGGCUAAUUGUGGUUCCUUUAUCUGCAUGUCGUAUGUAUCGAUGCCUUUUUACAGGCAGUGUUUUCUCACUGUUGACGCUCCCAUUAGAUAUGGUUUCUACAAAACACUUAUUUCAAGACUGUAUUCAGGGUUUCAUAAUCGUGAUUUUCGCUCUGGCUGCAUUUUUGGGUUAUGUAUCAUUAAGAGAACAACUUCUUCAAGGAGCACCAGCCUGGUUGGAACGUGAUGCUCGUGCAGAAGCGCGUGCUGCUAAUGCUCCUGCAGGUCACGCUGGACGACCUUUCUUUCCGGAUCUCUUUAAUAUUUUCGGCGUAGCAAAUGGUGGCUUAGGAGCUGCAGUUUUUGGGGAAGGAAAUGAAGAUCCUGCUGAACCUCAGGUCUUCAAUAAUGAUAUACAACGUGACCAGACGUUACAACAAGAUGAUGUUGUAAAUGCCGAUCCCACUCCAAGUUCGUCUUCCAGUCUAAUCUCCUCUGUUAUGAAUCAAGAAGCACCAGUUGUUGAUGUGUCGGAGUCAUCAACAACAAUAUCCGGAGUAACAGACACUGUCAAUCGUAGAUCAACAUCAACUUCACAACAGUUAACCUGGUAUGCUGAGGAUCCAGGUAUUAACUUGGGUGGAGACAUUCCAGAUGAAGAUGCUAGGGCGAAUGAUGCAGAAGAUGCCGAUGGUGUAGCAGAAGCAAUGAAUUGGAAACAUUUAUUGGGUUUAGACGGAUCUUUGAAUUUUCUGGAGCAUGUUUUAUGGCUUAUUGCUCUAAACACACUCUUUAUAGUCAUAUUUGCAUUCUGUCCAUAUCAUAUGGGUCAAUUUACUGUCUUGGGCUUCAAUUUGGACCGUUUCAUAAGUGCAACUCACAUGGAAGGCUUCACUACUAGUUUGAUCGGUUACAUAAUUUUCGCUUGUGCUCUGGUUCUUAUGCACGAAGUGUUUGCCAUCCUCAAUAUGCCCAGGGCUUGUUAUUGGACCGGUCUUGGCUAUGUGUACAUCAAAGUAGCCCUGGUCUCUUUAAUGGAGUUGGGGAUCUUUCCUGUUCUCUCUGGAUUUUGGAUAGAUGCCUGUACUUUAUCUCUUUUCAACGCAACUGUAACUCAACGAACAAAUGUAUUUCAUUAUGCCCCAGUAGUCUUUACUUUUAUCCAUUGGGCAGUUGGUAUGCUGUAUAUAUUCUAUAUGGCAUCAUUGCUUGUACUCGGUCGAAGCGUACUACGUCCUGGAGUACUACGCUUUAUAUAUCACUUUAAUGAUCCUGAUUACAAGCCUAUUCAGGAUAUGAUUUUUCAACCUUUGCCAGUAUACGUACAGCGUUUAAUUGCAACUUAUUCGGUAUGGGGCAUUUUGAUUGUGCUUAUGCUGUGGAUACCUACAGAAGUGGUUCGACAUUUCCUUCCGAAAUUUUUGCCUUUUCGUAUAAAUACAGCCUAUGACAGUCCAUGGGAUUAUUCAUUGGAAAUGAUCCUUCUGCAAGUUGUACUUCCAUUCUUAUUAGAUGUUCAGGCGAAAGCCAGUCUCCGUCAGUUAUUACGUUGGUGGUGUGUAAGCGUAGCCUGGUUAUUGGGUUUGCGUAGUUACCUAUUGGGAGAUGUGCCUUUUUCACCUGGGGUUAGUCGAAAAAAAAUAUUUAACAUUGCAUUAUAAUUUGUGUGUAUUUGCUUCGUAAAUUUAAAAUUUCAUAUUGAUAAGCUAAGUUCCUGGUUAGAAACUGCACAUAUACCGAUAGCUUUAAUUCGAAAUAAGUAAUUUAGGUUGACAUUUCCGCACCUUCGCUCAUCAAACCAACUGCGAACACCUCCAAUUGAAAUGAGGCUAUCGGGAUACUACAAAUAAGGCAAUAAUCUUGAUAUUAAAUAAAGUGAUAUAUAUAUAUGUAUAUGCAUACAUGCAUCCUUUAUAUUCUUCAUCUAGGACUUUAUUGUAACUGAAAAUGG